AGGAUGAAGGAAGGAAACAAAAAUAGACUUGACACACAAGUAUUGCAGAAAGUUUCUAAAGUGGGAAUUUGAAUUCUCUGCAGCCAGCUCUGGGUGUGCUGCUGGGUGUGUUACCCGAUCCGGUCCCCGCUCCCCGGCAAGCUGGGGACCCUCACGCAGGGCUCCUCCCCAGCCGCCCCGCCGCCAGCAUGACAGACACGGAGGGAGAAACAGAAAUCGCUUGGAAGGGAGCUAGUGAAAAAAUAAAGGGUCAGAAAAUGGAGCUGCAGUAAGUUGCUGGAAGAACUAAGUUGGAGGAAUCAAUCGUUUUUUCUGAUGUGAAGACUUCAUGACUGACAUCUAUAUGUUCGUUUGUCAGCCUCCAAGAAAUAAUAGAUCUCAUCAGUGGCAAUAACUGCUUUUGGUAUAUACUGACAUUUAUUUGAAAGGAGAGGAAAAAAAAAAACAAACCACACACAUACACACACAAAAACACAAACAAAAAGAAAACCAACAGACAAAACCCAGCAAACCUUUUUGAAGACUUGUGUCAAAUGACGUCAAUGGCCAGUUUGUUCUCCUUUACUAGCCCAGCUGUAAAGCGUCUGUUGGGCUGGAAACAAGGAGAUGAAGAGGAAAAAUGGGCAGAAAAAGCUGUUGAUGCUUUGGUAAAAAAGCUGAAAAAGAAAAAGGGUGCUAUGGAAGAGCUGGAGAAAGCCUUGAGCAGUCCAGGACAGCCCAGCAAGUGUGUUACUAUCCCUCGCUCUUUAGAUGGACGACUUCAAGUUUCUCACAGAAAAGGCCUUCCCCAUGUAAUUUACUGUCGGGUUUGGCGCUGGCCUGAUCUGCAAAGCCAUCACGAGCUGAAGCCAUUGGAUAUUUGUGAAUUUCCUUUUGGAUCUAAACAGAAGGAAGUCUGCAUCAAUCCAUACCACUAUAAGAGGGUGGAGAGCCCAGUUCUACCUCCAGUAUUAGUGCCUAGACAUAGUGAAUUCAAUCCACAGCACAGCCUACUAGUUCAGUUCAGGAACCUAAGCCACAAUGAACCACAUAUGCCACACAACGCGACAUUUCCAGAUUCUUUCCAGCAACCCAACAGCACUCCAUUUUCCAUUUCACCGAACAGUCCCUACCCACCUUCUCCAGCCAGCAGCACUUACCCAAGCUCCCCAGCUAGCUCUGGACCAUCGAGUCCGUUUCAGCUACCGGCUGAUACUCCACCUCCUGCAUAUAUGCCCCCUGAUGAUCAAAUGGGGCAGGAUAAUUCUCAGUCUAUGGACACAAGCAAUACAAUGAUCCCUCAAAUCAUGCCAAAUCUAUCUACCAGAGAUGUUCAGCCUGUUGCCUAUGAAGAACCCAAACACUGGUGUUCGAUUGUGUAUUAUGAAUUAAAUAAUCGUGUUGGGGAGGCUUUUCAUGCAUCUUCUACAAGUGUCUUAGUAGAUGGGUUUACAGAUCCCUCCAAUAAUAAAAACCGGUUCUGCUUAGGUUUGCUCUCAAAUGUUAAUCGCAACUCGACAAUUGAGAACACUAGACGACAUAUUGGAAAAGGAGUUCAUCUCUACUAUGUUGGUGGGGAAGUCUAUGCUGAGUGUUUAAGUGAUAGCAGCAUAUUUGUACAGAGCAGGAACUGCAACUACCACCAUGGCUUUCAUCCAACGACUGUAUGCAAGAUUCCUAGUGGAUGCAGUCUGAAAAUUUUUAACAAUCAGGAGUUCGCUCAGCUUCUAGCUCAGUCUGUCAACCACGGAUUUGAAGCAGUAUAUGAGCUCACCAAAAUGUGCACCAUUCGAAUGAGUUUUGUAAAGGGCUGGGGAGCAGAAUAUCACCGACAAGAUGUCACAAGCACCCCAUGCUGGAUAGAAAUUCAUCUUCAUGGGCCCCUCCAGUGGCUGGAUAAAGUACUUACACAAAUGGGUUCUCCUCUUAAUCCCAUCUCAUCUGUUUCAUAGUGCUGAAAUUCUACCUUCAGCCUUGUUUUUAGCGAACUUAUUCUAAUUGUAGAGAAACUUCCAGUGUGGAUACUGUGAGCUAUAUGGAGAAUGGAUCUUACGGUUUAACUUUUUUUUUAAAUCCCUUUGUGACCAAUUCCAUUGUGUAUAGCUAAUCAGUUUUACAUUUCAAUUUGUUCUUGUGAUGCUUAAGUGACAGUUGAACCCUAAUGGAAAAAAAGUCUAUUGAAAAAUUCAGAACACUUUUCCCCUCCUUUCCCUAGAACUUAAACAGGCAUAUGUCUUAACUGGAAAUUUUUUUUUUUUUUUUUUUUUUUUUUUUGUCCUGUAGGGACAAGAAUUAUGAAGACUGACUUCAGAAAAUAAAUACAUAUCAUAGUUUGGGAUUUUUUUUUACUUUUAUGAAACUGUUUGAACAUAUGCAGCUCCAGCUUACAAGCUGUAUUUUCAGCAUAGUUGUUUAACAUCUUAAGGUUGACACCUGUCAUAAGCAAAAUUAGAGUUUAUUAUGGCUAAUUUGCCUCAGAUUCAGCAAUGUGAUUUUUUUUUUUUUUAAGUGUACACAUGAAAUAUACUUUUUACAAAUAUUGGAGUGGUGUAAAAACACUUGUAUUGUCUAUUGGAAAAUGCUGUCAUAAACACACUGUAUAUUAAUGCAGAAUAGCAGUUCUUAGCCUUUUCCCACUUCAGUUUUGUAAUAUCUUUUUUUAACCGUUGUUUUAAAUAGUAAUUGAUACAAGGUAAACAUCUUGCACGUUUCUGGAGUAGUAAUUCUUGUUUUGCUUCAAUUUACACUCAUGCCGUUUGGAUUUGGUUGCCAAGGCUAUUUCUUUUUAGGUACCCUUCUCUAUUUUAACAUAAACACUACUAUUUGUAAAUGGCAGUGCUUACUACUUUUUGGAAGGAAUAAGUUUUUUGUUUUCUUUUUGGUGUUCUAGCUGUUUAUUUUAUCUGUCUGGAAUUGAUCUGUGUUAGGCCUUUUUAAUCUCUCGGUAGACAUUACGCAGUAUUAGUGACUACACUGUAUUUAAUUCACUUUCAGUAUGAGUUUGAGUCUCUUUGAAGACUGUGAGUGGCUUAGCAAAUAAGUAACUGAAUGCAGAAGCUUUUACUUCCAGAUCAUGUAAUUUAAUACAGACCUGUUGGUAAUGACCAAAAGUAAUCACUUCUUUGUAGUCUACAUGAAACAGUGGUCUUGAUCCUGUCCCUGAUGGCAGGUGUUCAAUCAGAAGACUUGUAACUGUAGUUGGCAGCUUUAUGGGAUUGAAGGACUGAAGUAAUAUGACAAUGAAAUUUCUCUCUCACAUGUAAGGAAUCCUCUUGCCUGUGCUGUUGUAUUACUCAGAGAAUUUAAACACUGUACUAAACACUAAAAGAAAUCAGUUAAAUAACGUAUGCAUAUUUUUCCCCUUUAAAUAAUAAAGAGGCUGAAAGAAAUAGCUAAGAGAAUUAUAAGUGAAUUAUAUACAAAAUUUCUUUGCAUGCAGAAAAAGACCUAUUGUAUUUUUUAACAUCUCACCCUCCUUUUUCUCUUUUCCGAACACCUCUUCAGAAAAGGGUUCAGUGUUUGGGGGAGAGGCUGUAAACUCUAAAAUACAAAUACUAUUAAAAGAUGUGUUGCAGUUAAUUACUGCAAUCCUGAGACAUUGAUUGCUUACACAAGUUCUUGUGUCUUCUAUUGAAUGACAGUUUCUGCUCAGAUGUGGAAGUCAUGUAUCGUAUGGUACCUAAGUAACAAAUGAUCUUAAAGGAAUAAAAUUGUUUACAUGUCAUUAAAAUGUUUCUUAUGAAAUGCCUUAAAGGAAUAAACUGUAAUACUUCUGCAGAACCCUAAUGUUCUCUUGUACAGGAAUUUCUAUAUUACUUGGUGUUUUGGUUUUUGUGUUUGUUUUUUUUUUUUUUUUUUUUUAAAAAAAACAGUUUCU